GUUGUUUUGGACAAUUACAGACACUAACAAGAAUCUAAGCAAAAUGAAUGUACCUUGGAAAACAUCACCCACCUUGUCAGAACAUGGUCUUGGGCCUCAGACCCCAAAAGAAAAGAAAAGAGCAGUUAUGGGUUCCACUCGCUCAGAUGCCUCUGCCAAUGGCAAAGAACGCCUACGCUGGACACACGAACUCCAUGAUCGCUUUGUGCACGCUGUAAAUAGGCUUGGGGGCCCUGAUAGGGCAACACCAAAGGGUAUAUUGAAGGGGAUGAAGGCCAUGGGUGUUUCUGAUCUCAGCAUUUAUCACGUCAAAAGUCACUUGCAGAAAUACCGGAUCUCCAAAUUGAUUCCAGAGUCUACCUCAAAAGGAAAGCUUGAGAAGAGAAGCAUAUCAAAUACACUGCCAAAUUUCAGUUCUACAUGUGCUCUUCAGCUGAAGGAAAUUCUUCAAAUUCAGAGGGAGGUGCGAAACCGCUUGAGUGAUCAAGCAGAGAGAAGGUUGAAGCAAAAAAUUGAAGCACAAGACAAAUACCUUGAUAGAAUUGGACAAAGCCAUGAAAGCAGAACAACAAUCACUAGAAAAUCUUCCAAGCCAUCAUCAUUUUGUGCUACAAACAAUAAUAAUAAACAUCUCCCUUCUCUCUCUGAGGAAUCAGAAUCUAUUAUUGAGACACACCCUGAAGUAGUAGUAGAAGAAGAGGAAGAGCAUCAAUCAUGUUCCAAAAGACAAAGGGUAGUAAUAGAUGAGCAUGUUUUUCCAUCAAGCUUUGAACUUGAACUAGAAUCAUCCACCACCACAGAAUUCAUUGAUCAAUCAUGGAAUCUUUCAUGGAGUCAACUUGCAGCUGCAUGUGAAUCACCUUUGAUGCCAGGAUUCUUAUUAUAAUAACAAGUUCUGUAUAACUAAAAAUAAGUGUUUCCAAAUAAAAAUGAUAGAUGAUGAUAGUAUAUAGUGUUUGCAUUAUCUUAUCUUUCGGACCUUCAAAGCAUUUUCAUGGGAACAUUUUUAUAUCAUGGAGGACUAAGAAAGGAAGAUAUUUAUAUAUCCUUAGAAAUAAAAGAGAAUAUUUUAUGAUAUCUC